AUGGAGCAGCACACGGCGCCGUCUGCAAGAGCCGUAGAGACAUUGACGACUAGGCCACCCAUCUCACCGAAAGCGACAGUGCGCGAGCGACGCGCCGGUGAAGCUCCCGUCAAAAAAGAGUUUCUCAAGCGCAAACCAGCGGCGCCUAACGCUUUGACGUCCACUGAAGGCGUUACUGAGAAGGAUACGAAGACUGAGCCGGUCGUGAAGGAUGGUCGUGACCGUGUCCAGAAGAAACGCGGGGGGACUUUCAAGAAGCGUCCGAUAGACGCCGAGCAAGACCCGGCAGAUACUUUGUGUCGUCCGAUGGCCUCUGGGGAGGGCUGCAAGUUUGGUCACGACUGCAAGUUCAGCCACGACAUGAACGACUACAUGAAACGCAAGCCCAAGGACCUGGGCGAGCGCUGUCCCGUGUUUGAUGCCAUCGGCUAUUGCCGAUACGGCGUGGCCUGUCGUUUUGCCAAUGCUCACGUUGAGGUCGUGGAUGGCACGUACCGCAAUGUGAAGCGUGAAGGCUACGUUGAGACGCAGAACCACGACGUGGGCAACGAGACGAACGACCUGACCCACGACUUGCGGAUGAAGUUGCGCAAAGACACGUACGACUUUCAGUCGAAGCAGCAGAUGAAGAAGAUGAAAAAGAGCGGCGGUCGGAAACCGCGGCAGCAGCGAACUGAGCAGGAGAGUGAGAACGUGCUGACUGCCGAGAUAUCGCAGACCGGUGAGGAGUCCACGACAGACAAGUCGCACCCCUCUCCUGAAGCAGUGCUACCCGUCUUGGAGUCUGCCGAAGGUGGGAAUACAGACGGUGCAUCUGAAGACUUGCGAGCAGAACCAGCCGCGGAAAGCGCACUGGUCGCCGAGCGCAAGCCCGUGAACUUUAAGCGCAAGAUCUAUAUCGCACCACUCACUACGGUGGGUAACUUACCGUUCCGUCGCUUGAUGAAACAAACAGGAGCCGACAUUACGUGCGGUGAAAUGGCCAUGGCCACAAACCUGCUGAAGGCUCAGCAAUCAGAGUGGGCGUUGCUGCGACGCCACAAGAGUGAGGAUGUCUUUGGCGUGCAGCUGGCUGGAUCGUACAGUGACCAAAUGGCCCGAGUGUGCGAGCUCCUUGCUCGCGAGACGGAUGUUGAUUUCGUGGACAUCAAUAUGGGCUGUCCUAUCGACAUCGUAUGUCGUGCUGGUGCUGGAUCGGCAUUGAUGACUCGCCCACCACGGCUGCUUGAGGUCGUGUCUGGCGCAUUGACUGGACUAGAGCUUGGCGCGCGCAUGCGUACUGGUGGGACUGUGAACACACCUGGGCUUACCGUGAAGCUUCGCACGGGGUGGAGCGACAAACAACCGACCGCUCACAAGUUAGUGCCCAAGCUGCAGGCUGUGCGCGCUUCGCAGGCUUAUGUGAAUGCCGCAGUGGUGACUGCUGACUUCAAGCUCCGCGCUACACAAUCCGUCGACGCCAUCAUGAUGCAUGGCCGCUCACGGUUACAGCGCUACACGAAAAAUGCUGAUUGGGACUACAUCUUCCAGUGCAGUGACUCAAGGAUCGACAGCAUUGACGACAGCCCGUUGCCCCAGGUGCCGUUCGUAGGCGGCGGCGAUGUGCUCUCGUACGAAGAGUUUGAUGAACAUCUACAGAACGGCAAGCUCGACACGUGUAUGCUAGCACGCGGCGCGCUAAUCAAGCCGUGGCUUCCCACUGAGAUCAAAGAACGUCGCCACUGGGACAUUUCAUCCUCGGAGCGCUUUGACUUGCUCAAGGACUUUGUCCGCUUUGGUCUGGAGCACUGGGGCUCUGACCAGAAGGGCGUGAAUCGCACCCGACGUUACCUGCUCGAGUGGCAGUCGUUCCUGUGUCGCUACAUUCCCGUCGGGUUGUUGGAGACUCUUCCUCAGCGCAUCAACGACCGUCCGUCGCCUUAUUACGGACGCGACGACCUGGAGACGCUAAUGGCUAGUGAUCAGGCAGUAGACUGGGUCAAGAUCUCCGAGAUGCUGCUAGGCCCCGCGCCGAAUGACUUCCAAUUUGUACCAAAGCACCGCGCGAACGCGUACCAGUCUAGUGUGCCGAAUGAAUGGUAG